AUGUUAAGCAAUGGUGACGACACUAUAAUAGAACAGCACAGCCAUUUGAACAAUGAAACAUCCUCGACUUUUAGUCAUCGAUCUCAUGAACAAUCAGAGUCUACUUAUUCACCCCUAAGUCCCAAACUUAUUAUUCGCGUUGGUGCAAAGCAAAUUAUAAGUCUUUUCAUUCCAGUAUCAAUAUGCAUGUUUUUCGUUGCCUUCAUAAGCAAGAAUGUUCCAUUCUUUUCUAAAACUGACGCUCAUUUCGUAUAUGCACCGUUUAACACUCCAAAUGCUGAUAUCGGUACACAAACUUGGCAGACUCUAGUCAAUGUUGCCAUAAUUUUAACCUUUGUCAUUGUAACAACUUUCAUACUUGUGCUGCUGUUUAAAUUCAAGUGUUACAAGUUUCUGACAGGGUGGUUGAUUAUGGCAACAUUCGCUGUGGUCUUUUUAGCCUCAUUCACAUUCUUUGCGCAAUUAUUGCAAGCCUCAAGGAUCUUCUUUGACAAUAUAACAUUUGCAAUCUUACUCUGGAAUUUUGGAGUGUUGGGCCUCAUUUCCAUUCACUGGCGCGGUCCUCUUGUCUUGCAACAGGCUUACCUUAUUUUCAACAGUGUUGUUGUGGCUCUCACUCUCCUGCGAUUUCUACCAAAAUGGACCUGUUGGGUGCUUCUCGGUGCGAUAUCCAUUUGGGAUCUAAUAGCUGUACUAUGUCCGCGUGGUCCUCUUCGAAUGUUGGUUGAGAUGGCACAAGAGCGCAAUCUUCCCCUCUUUCCUGCCAUCAUCUACUCUACUGCUGCAGCCUACAUUGCUGAUUCCGCGAGUCCCUCCUCACCUACGACGACUAGGAAACCUAGAGAGGAAGCAAUUCCAUUGAAGACAGCAGAUGAGAGGACGGGAGCUCAAACGCUGGUAAAUCUGAAUGAAAUGCCUCCCGCCUCUCUUCGCCGUAGACAUCCUGAGUCCUCUUCACUGGCUCCUACUCAUGACUCUGGCUAUGAAACGCGCGGCCAAACACAUCCAAAUGGAGCAAUGAAUGAUGGGAACCGUGUUAAAAGUAAUCGAUCCCAUCAGCCAAUUGAUGGUUCUAAUAGUCACCAAGAGUGGCACGAUUCGAGUCCUCCAUUGACAACCGGGACAAAUGAAGCCCUGUCUCAUGAGAUGGUAGCUAGCGGGGAUCAAUUGGAAGCACCGAAUGAAUGGUUACGAGACGUUCAAGAGGAUAUAAUUGACCGCGAGGAGCGAGGUGUUAAACUUGGCCUGGGAGAUUUCGUCUUCUACAGUGUGUUAAUAGGUCGGGCAUCAUUAGAUGGUGAUAUUCUAACAGCGAUAUCCUGCUAUGUGGCAAUUCUAGUGGGAAUGUGUUUGACAAUUGUGGCAUUAGCAGUUGCGCGCAGGGCCCUCCCCGCUCUUCCAAUCUCCAUCAUUUGUGGCAUUAUUUUCUACUUCUCUACUGCUGCCGUUAUAACGCCUUUUAUUCACGCAGUAUCUGAGAGACGACUUUUCUUCUAG